AUGUAUUUAUCUCAGCUUUUUCUUUGCCCUGUAAAACUAACACAUCCUAUAUUGCCAUUAAAACUCGGAUUAAUGAAUAGUUCCGAGAUGACGGAUAUAACGAGCCAGUUUAUGAAGAAUUACACAGGCCACAAAAUGAAUUCAUCAACACAAAUUGAAAGGUACAGUAGUAUGAUGAAAUGGCACCCCUUUGACACGAGAAUAUUUGAUGUGCACAGGAAUGGCAACCCUAAUUAUACAUCUCCAACCAUUGAUAUUUUUGCUAAGCAAUUUGAUUUGAAAGCGGACCCGACCAAGAAGCUUGACACCACCACACCUUCUGACCGUGAUGAAACCUCAGAAUUUACCAAGCCGAAUAAAAAUACUUUUGCGGCGAACACUAGACUAGACUCCACAAGCUCUCAAGGGUUUAGCGAAAUCGAAAAUCCUUUUGUGCUCAACCUACGUACACCAAAUUUACAGCAUGAGAGUACCUCUUCGCUCAUCAAUCCACAUUCUACACCAAAGUGCGACGGUCGCAUAGCAGAUGGUAAAAAUGGAACUAUUUGUGUACUAAAAGAUACUUAUGAUAAAUGGUCCUCAGAAGUUGAAAAUAUAUUUGUCGAUUCCCUUAGAGUUAUUUUGAAGAACGGAACAUCGAAAAUCAAAAUCAAUGAAAGGAAUUACGGCAGAAACGAACUAAUAUCAUUGUACAUCCUCUAUCACACAAACGAAUUCAGGACCAAAAAACAAAUUUCCUCUCAUAUUCAAGUUUGGAAGAAGACCAUACAAAACAAGCUGGAAAAUAAAAUAGGACUAAACCCACUAGAGAAAGAAAUACACGAUUUGAUAGAUAAUGGCCCACCAAAAACAGAUGCGGUGACGGAUAUAUUUUUUGAAAAGUUCGCAGAGAUAAUCAGUUUCUUGGAGAAACGGUCUAGAACAAGGGCGAAUUCAUUUCGAGAUAAACCAGGCAACGAAGAGGUAAUAAGUGGUAACGCAGACACAAAACACUUAAACUUGAAUGUCUCCUCGUUGGUCCCAUCUCAAUCAAAGAGGCUCAUACCAGAAAACACAAGAACAACCAACUUGUCACGUUACACUGUUGAACCACCGCUCAUUCCACCUCUUCAAUAUGCGAGAUCCUUAUAUGAGAAAAUUCCAGAUUACCGGUGUAUCCCAGUUAUGAUACGAUCUGACAGUCUUUAUGUACCAUAUACUGAACAAGACCUUGAAGAACGCGACCUGCUUAUCAAGACUAAGAAUACAGAAAGGAAAAGUUUAGAAGACCUUGCGUCACAAGCUACUAAAGAGCGAGCUCUAGAUGUGGCGAAAAAAAAGGCAGCUGAACAGAGGCGCCUGAUUGACCGAAUGUACAAUCGAGCGCGGCCAUCACACAAGGGGAAAGUUAUAAAGAAACAACUUUACAGUAAUACCCUCAAACAUCCAAGUUCAAGAAAAAACUCAGCUGCCAAGGGACAAUUAACAAAGCAUUUCAAUCACACUAGGAUAUAUGAAAAUAUUGACGACGGUCAACCAGAUUUUGCAAGCAUGUCGGACAAAAAAGAGUAUCAUGCUUCGCAUGCGACUGGCCAACAUAAUCUCAUUACACAACCUAUGGUACCACAGUAUCCCAUUUAUAGGCAACGCAGCCCACAACAGCAUCAGAGACAGCAAAAUCAACGACAUUUCUCUUCUCCCAAAUAUUAUGAGGAAUUGCAUUACAAUUCGAAACCAUCUCAACAGCAACCGAUGUCGCAACAGAACAUUUAUCAAUAUCAGAGCCAUGUAUAUGUGCCAUCUAACUCACACUCUCCACGUGUAACAAAGGAAAAUGUCAAUCCUCAUGAACGGUAA